AUGGCGUCCAGUAGCUCCGGUUCCUCGCAUUUGCUCGUCGAUGCCAAGCCGUACCCUUUCAGCUUUCCCUUUCGCCACACGGCCCUGCUCGUCGUUGACAUGCAGCGCGAAUUCCUCGUGGAAGGCGGCUUCUCCCACAGCGUGGGCGCAGACCUGUCCGCGGUCCAGGCCUGCGUCCUCCCAUCCAUGCGGUUACUGGAUGCUUGCCGUGAAGCCCGCCUGCCCAUCUUCCACGCGCGCGUCGGUUUCGAGCCCGAUCUGUCUGACUGCCCGUCCAUAGCUCUUGCCAGACACGUGCCCACCCAGGGCAACCCUAGCCCCACCGUUGGGGACAGGGGCGCCAUGGGACGGUAUCUCGUGCGCGGCGAGUACGGCCAUGACAUCAUUGACGAGCUCCGUCCUUUUCCUGGCGAGAUCGUGAUAGACAAGCCUGGAAAAGGCGCAUUCUGGAACACUGAGCUGCUGCACAAGCUCAAGGCACGUGCUAUCACCCACCUGCUGGUGGCAGGCGUAAGCACCGAAUGCUGCUUGUCCUCGACUAUCCGGGAGGCUAGCGACAGAGGCCUCGAGUGCUGUGUCAUCACAGAAUGCACUGCUGGCUUUAGUGAGGAAAAGUUCCAACGGGGAAGCUUGGAUGUAGUCCACCUCAAUGGAGGUCUAUUCGCCUUUGUUUCCAAACUUGAACGUGUUCUCAAGGCAUUGACCCCUCUAUCGGAAGCACGAGUGGCACAAGAUGAGAGAUAUCGACAAAACGGGGACAUGCGUAUCCGCCGGCUGCAGGCUGCCUACAGGUCUGGCACAUCUCCCGAAGCGGUCAUGGAUUCCCUGUGCCGCAAGAUCGAAGUCUACAAGAAAUACGACCCUGCUGUAUGGAUUCAUCUGGAGAGCAGAAUGGCUAUCCUUGAAGCGGCGAGGGCGGUGCAGGAGAAAUGGCCGAAUCCCCGGGAAAGACCGCCUCUUUUCGGCAUUCCGUUCAGCAUCAAAGACUCGAUCGACAUCGCAGGCUACCAGACCACCACGGCAUGCCCCCCACUCGCACGGAUGGCAUCAGCAUCAGCACCCGUUUACGAGCGUAUUGUUGCCAACGGUGGUAUCUUCAUAGGAAAGACCAACAUGGACCAACUAGGGACUGGCAUGACUGGCUGUCGCAGCCCGGAAGGAACACCGCAUUCUACAAGGCACCCGGACUACAUAGCCGGCGGCUCCAGCAGCGGCAGCGCUGUCAGCGUAGGCGCAGAGCUUGUAUCGUUCUCCAUUGGAACAGACACGGCGGGAUCCGGACGCAUCCCGGCAGCAUUCAACGACGUGGUUGGAUUCAAGCCUACGCGAGGCCUUGUGUCGAUGCGCGGCAUCACUCCUGCAUGCGCCUCUUUGGAUUGCAUAGCGGUCCUAGCUCGCAACGUAGGCGACGCUCGCAUGGUGUGGCAGGUGAUCGAGGAGGCUGAUGCGGCGGACCGGUACUCCAAGCCGCCCACGGCGCUCGAGCGACACAUCAAUGCGGUCGGUCCGCAGAGGCAGACAUUCCGCUUCGGUAUCCCACCACCCGACGCUUUGGACGCAUGCCAUCCGCUCUACCGCAAAAUCUUCAACCACGUCAUCAGGAAGCUUGUCAGCAUCGGCGGAGUGCUUAAACCAAUAGACUGGACGCCAUUCGAAAAGGCGGGAAAGCUGUUGUAUGACGGGACUUUGGUCAUGGAGCGACUGGCGAACCAUCCAGACGGGUGGCUCGAGAAGCACAGGAACUAUCUCCACCCGGUGAUAGUGCAAGUUUUUGACGGGGCUGUGGCGCGGCAGAGCACGGCCGUCCAAGCUUAUCGCGACCUCCAGGCCAAAGCUCUGUAUACGCGGCAGGCGGAGGACAUGUUCAGUGCUGGGGCCAACGGCGUCGACGUCAUCGUCACUCCGACCGCUCCAGCGCAUUGGACGGUGGAGGAGGUGCAGGCAGACCCUAUCGGGAAGAACAGUGCGCUCGGUGAGUACACGCACGCGGCGAACGUGCUCGAUCUGUGUGCCAUUUCUGUACCGGCAGGCCUAUAUACUCUCGACGAGCUGCUCGGCACAGAGGGCGAUAAAAGGCGGCUUCCCUUCGGGGUGCAGUUUAUGGGCGCCAGCCGCAUGGAUGCCGAGUUGCUGGAGGUUGCGCGGCGGUUUGAACAGUCAUUGGACCCGUCGGCGACGGAGAACGAAAGUCAUGGGAAGCGCAGUCGCGACGAGACGCUGACGCUGGUGGAGGAGAUGAAUACGGAAUAG